AGUUUUUGUAUUUCAAAACAUAUUCCAGAGGCGUAUAUAAAUAAAACAAAAUUUUCGGCAUAAUGGGUAGACACAGCAGCAGUGAAGAAGAAAACUCAAGCCCAGACAGACGAGAGAAGAGCAGUCACAAAUCUGACAAGAAGAGAAGAGGUUCACAUCAAGGACGAUACAGGAGCAGAUCACGCUCACACACAAGAAACCACCGGUCGAGGUCACAGGAUAAACACUCUAAGCCCAAAGCCUAUGCAAGGAAGAGCCGGUCCAGAUCACGUGAUCGAUGGCAGAGAUCAAGGUCAAGGUCACCCUCUAAGAAUGAAACAUCAAAAGCUUAUUACAAGAAUUUCAGGGCAGGGUCACGGGACAAGAAUCAGAGAUCAAGAUCAAGAGACAGGAAACAGAGAUCAAGGUCACGUGACAGGAGCCGAAGGUCUAGCUCAAGAGAUCGAGGAAGAAAAUCCAGGUCAAGAGAGAGGGAUAUAAGGUCAAGGGAGAUGGAUAGAAGUAAAAAAAUGGAACAAAGAUUAAGAAGGAUUGCUGAAAAAAAGGGCCAAUUCUAGUUCUCGUUCUAGGUCAAGGUCUAGGUCAGGUUCAAUGUCUGAGACUAAACAGGAAUUAGAGACAUUUAUAACAGAAAGGAAAGUUCCGCAGACAGAGAACUUCGGGACAGAGAAAGGGCAAGGACGCCAGAAAAACAUCAAUCAAAGUCUGGUCAAAACCACUCUGAUGAGAGACAGAGGUCAAGGUCACAUGAAAGGGAGAUACCUCGAAAAAACCAGCCAUCUCCACUUGAUUCACGGAGGAAUCGAGACAACUCCCCUCCUACACCUGAUGGAAGAUGGGGUCAUAAUAAAUUCUUUGAGCAACAGAGGGCUCUUGAUGCACCAUUCCAGAGGGAUAGAGAGAGGGGCGGAGGCAGUUCCAGAGAUAUGAGUGGCAUGAGAGAUAGUAGCAGAAAUGGUGAUACAGGGAC